GCCACUCUUCUCACUUCGAUCGUCUCUCAGCUCCCUCCUAACAACUCUUUCUUCUUUAGCUCAUCACAAAUGGCCGACCUGCAAUCCAUCCCCGCCCAAAAUCAAAGACUCCCGCCGCGCGCAAUGAUCGCCUCCGGCGUCCCCGCCGCCUCCUUCCUCCGCAGAUUUCAGGACCAUGCAUACGCUCCCAACUCAUCUCAGCUCUUCGGUUUCUUCACCUUGGUCGUCUCCGGCGGGAUUCUCCUCUUCCUCACCGGCUUAACCCUCACCGCCACUAUCCUUGGCUUGAUCUUCUUCACGCCGUUGAUCCUCAUCUCCAGCCCCCUCUGGAUCCCCAUCGGCACCGUCCUCUUCAUCGCCAUCGCCGGCCUCCUCUCCGUCUGCACCUUCGGCAUCGCCGUCAUCCUCACCCUCUCCUGGCUCUACCGCUACUACCGCGGCUUCCACCCGCCCGGCUCCGACCGCUUCGACUACGCCCGGAGCAGGAUCGUCGACACCGCCAACCACGUCAAGGACUACGCCGGCGGCUACCUUCACGGGGGUAAUAAGGUCAAGGACGCGGCUCCCGGCGCCUGAACCGGCGGCACUAGCUAGCUAGCUUCAAGACCGAUCAGACCGGCGCGGUCGGGGGAUAUGAUAAUGCGUACCGAACCGGGUUCCGUUUUUCUUCUUUGAUAUUAAUUUUAAUCAAUCAGGCACUAUGAAUACACAUAAGAAACUUUGUGAUGACUGAUGAAUAUAUAUUUCCAUGGAAUGAAACGUAUGUGUUGUGUGAGAAAUCUAUUGGCCCACAUAUUUUUUGGUUCAA